AUGAGCAUUCCCCAAAUUCAACAAACCCUUUUCAAAAAACCUAGCUAUGCUUCUUCUUCUUCUUCUUCUUCGAAAGCUACAAGCUUAAAGAAAAGACAAGAGACCGUCUUUAAGAAAGCUGGCGAGCUUUCUGUUCUCUGUGGAAUCGAAGUUUGCGUCAUCUGUUACGGAGCGGACGGAGAGCUUAAGACAUGGCCAAAAGAGAGGGAGAAGGUCAAAGCCAUCGCUCAAAGGUACGCUGCAUUAAGCGAGACGAAACGACGCAAAGGAAGCGUUGAUCUUCACGAGUUUCUCGAGAAGAUCAAUAACGAUGAUUCAAAGAAGAAGACGAAGAAGAAGAAAGUGAGACGUGUUCCCAAAGUCAAGUAUCCGGUUUGGGACCCUAGGUUUGAUAACUACUCCGUGGAGCAACUCACGGGGCUGAUUCAGUCCUUGGAACGUAACCUAACCAGGAUCCAACAUAGGGUUCGCGCUGUUGUUGAAGGUCAGGGACAAAGGAAGAUCCAGUACUUGAGCAUGGCUAAUCAAGGACCGAUGCUGCCUAGUACGAUGAAUCAAUAUCUUCAACAACAACCAAACCAAGUUUCCAUGUUUCUGUUUAACCAUGGGAACGGUAAUAUCUCGCAAAUCCCAGUCUCUGCAUCAGCUUUGAACCAAGGGCAAUCUCUGGCUCCGGUUCCACCUGAACUGAUGAUUUACCCGAAUUUGGAUGUGGGAAAUUACUCGGGGUCACUUGGGGUACAAGGAACUGGGAUCAGCGGGUUUCAGAACAUGAACAUGAACAUGUUAGCAUACAACAACAUCAACAGCUUCGAUGGUUUCUCAAAACAGAUUGACCAGAAUUCCAAAGUGGAAAGCUACUCGAGCUUACUUGGGGCUGGAAUCGAUGAGUUAGAGGACACUAACAUGUACAACCACAACAACGUCAAUACAGGAGACUAUUCAGGCCUACUUGGGACGCAAGGAAUCGUGACUAACGAGCUGAACAUGAGCAUGCACGACUACAACAACAACAACAGCGUUAACGCUAAUGGCCUUUCGCAUCAGUUUGGUCAGUUUCAAACACAACAGCAGCAAGGGGCAUUCAAUUGGGAUCAACCUGGAAACAAUUUUAGGCCUCUCUAUGAUCUCCCACAACCUCUCCUAUAA